AUGGUGUCUGCAGGGAGACAGAUGCUGGGUUUAGCUCUGGCCAUCAUCGGCUUUCUGGGGAGUAUCAUAAUCUGCGCUCUCCCCACGUGGAAAGUCACGGCCUUCAUCGGUGCCAACAUUGUCACCUCUCAGGUGACCUGGGAGGGUUUGUGGAUGAACUGUGUGACCCAGAGCACAGGCCAGAUGCAGUGUAAGGUCUACGACUCGCUCCUGGCUUUACCUCAAGACCUGCAGGCUGCCAGAGCUCUCACCGUCAUCGCCAUCAUCGUUGGGGUCUUUGGGAUCCUUCUCGGUGUGGUUGGGGGCAAGUGCACCAACUUUGUGGAAGACGAAAGGCAGAAGAGUAAAGUAGCCGUUGCCUCUGGAAUCACCUUCAUUGUCGCUGGACUGAUGGUGCUCAUCCCCGUCUGCUGGACUGCCAACACGAUAAUUCGGGAUUUCUACAACCCGAUCUUGACCAGCGCUCAGAAGAGGGAGCUGGGGGCCUCGCUCUACAUUGGCUGGGGGGCGGCAGGGCUGCUGUUCCUGGGCGGGGGCCUCCUUUGCAGCUCCUGUCCCCCAAGAGAUGAGAACGAGUAUGAUGUGAAGUACUCAAAGGCUCGGUCAAUGGAGAGCAGCAAGGCCUACGUUUAG